GUUAAUAGAUGGCGUUAUCGACAUCGUGACUCCUUCGAAGUGAGAGUGCGAUUGUUUCUAACCGAUUUAAAAGUGUACUCGUUAAACGUAGCGAACUCUCGUCGAGACACUGGUGUUCGAUUCUUUGUGUAAUCUGUUCCCAACAUCUGCUAAUUAAUUAAUUGCAAAGAUACACAGGCGGUGCACUUUGUAUAGGAUAAUCAAACACCGGAAAUAGCCAAGUUGACCGCAAUAGAGAGAGAUAAACAAUGAUAAACCGUCACCAGGGACAGGGGUUUUGUAUGUCCACGACUAAUUAACGUAAAAAAAGUGUGUAAUCUAUUGUUUCUCGUGUCUAUGUGACCGCAACAUGCAAAUCGGUAUACGCAAUUUUAAUUUCUUCCUUGACCCCCGUUGAUCCUGACCCUCGACGUCGUCCGAUGAGAAACGCGUUGUACAGGUUAUGUACGUUGUAAUUGUCGGAAAGAGAGGAGAUGUUUAAAAAACUUAUCGCCUUGUCGCGGAAUUCCACUUGAUCGUCUCGAAAAAAAAUUAUCGUUUCCCAAACAAUCCGCGGAGAUUCGCGGUGCGACAUCACGUGAUCGAAACAAUUGUAUAUCUAUCUGGCUCGAAUUUUUUUUUUUUUUUUUUUUUUUUGAGUCGGGCGAUGUCUAGGAUUGUGUGUUUCGAACGAAUACGCAAAUUUUUAUUGUAAUCGGAGAAAUAAAUAAUUGAGAUAUCAAGGAUGGCCGAUGAAUUGACGGCGGAGACGUUACGGGGCGAUGAUAACGAGUGCGUCAUUGAUACCGAGAUUGACGUGGACGACGAGGACUCGGAUGGUGUUAUUGUUCCGGAACUUCAGGGUACAUUAUCGAAAUGGACAAAUUACAUACACGGAUGGCAAACUAGAUUUAUUGUACUCAAAGACGGCACUUUGUCUUAUUACAAAUCCGAGCAGGACAGCGGAUUUGGAUGUCGUGGCUCGAUUAGUUUGUACAAAGCCAAUAUCAAGGCGCAUCAAUUCGAUGAAUGCAGAUUUGAUGUGUCUGUUAACGACUGUUUGGUUUGGUAUUUGAGAGCAAGCAGUCCGGAAGAAAAGCAACGAUGGGUAGACGUUUUGAAAUCUUAUAAGUCGGAAUCUGGUUAUGGAAGUGAAAAUAGUCUCAAACGACACGGUAGUGCCAUUUCGCUUGUGUCUAAUACACAAUCGACGACAAGCGCUGGUAGCUUCACCAAGCGUGGUAUUCGAGGACUCAAAGAAAAAUUAGCCGAAAUAGAAACGUUCAGAGACAUCCUGAUAAAGCAGAUUGAUACUUUGCAAAAGUAUUUUGACAACUGUGCGGAAAAUGCUAAGAAUACUUCCAAGAAAGGUUACCACUUUUGGAAAUCGUUUGCUUACACCAUAUCACGCUCGCUCACAGUAUCCAUCAGUAUCCUUGUGACCAUUAAAGAGGACAGACGUAUAUGCUAUUUAUCAGCUUUUUUCAUAAUAACACACACAAAAAACUUUAAGGAAGGUCCGCAUAGCGCUCUUUGCGACGAGGAAUUUUAUGAUGCCGUUGAGACUGGUUUGGACAAAAUCGAAGAAGAGAAUCAGUUGAGAGAUCGUUUGAAACAAAAAUCCGUUUCAAUUGUAACAUCUCCCGCUACUACAUCAUCUACGCACAGACUGUGGCCCGAGAUAGAAAAAAUUACAAUGGAGCAACUGCAUUACGCACGGCUUGGCGUUGGCGGAGCGGGCGGAUGGCAAUUGUUUGCCGAGGACGGCGAUAUGCGAAUGUAUCGGCGGGAAGAGGAAGCCGAUGGAUUGGUCGUGGAUCCUCUCAAAGCGUGUCACGUUGUCAAGGGAGUGACCGGUCAUGAGGUUUGUGAAAUAUUUUUCAGUCCCGAGUACAGAAGCGGCUGGGAAGCUACUCUGGAAGAUAUGACAGUUAUUGAGAACAUUUCCCACGACACGCUGUUAUUCUUGCAAACGCACAAACGCAUUUGGCCGGCGAGUCAACGAGACGCGUUGUUCUGGUCGCACAUGCGCCGAGUAUCCGACGAUCAGGAUCGCGACGCUCAUGAUCUUUGGAUAGUUUGCAAUCACAGUACCGAACAUCCCGAUUAUCCGCCAAAUACAGGUAAAUGCGUGAGAGUUUAUUUAACAGUUUGUCUCGUAUGCCAAACAUGUAUCGAUCCUCCAAAAGAUGGCGAGGAAAUAAAGAGAGAGAAUAUUACGUGUAAAAUAACAUAUUGUUCAGUUGUAAAUCCGGGCGGAUGGGCUCCAGCGUCCGUUUUGCGAGCCGUUUACAAAAGGGAGUAUCCAAAGUUCCUUAAGCGUUUCACCAAUUUUUGUAUCGAUCAGUGCAAAACCAAGCCAAUCACAUUCUGAAUAUGAUUAACAAAAAAAAAAAACAUUUUAAUGUUUUCCAUCCAAUUCCUUAUUCAUUAUCUCAAAGUGUCUUCACGUAAUUAUUGUAAAAAAAAAAAAAAAUAAUAAUUUGUAUUGUUACAUACUGUAGCAAGUUGUAGAAAAAAAAAAAAAAAAAAAUUACGGCUAGUAGAAUGUGAGCGAAGAAGGAAACUGUUUUUUUGUAUAUUAUCUUUUUCCAUUUUUAUUUGCGCAAGAUAGUCCGCGACACACGAUGCUUUUUUCUCACACUAGAUGAUCGCAUGAGCGCCAAGAACUGAUCACAAUUGUGAUUUGUGGAUUUGAACAAAAUUGUCAAAUUGUUUGCAACGCUCAUAUAUAUAUAUGAUUCAGCAGAAAAAAGCAUUAUGUGUCAGGCUUAAUUGAUUUAUAUAAAGCUUGCGAAUAAAUGCGUUUAUAUUGAAGAUUAUUUGCGGCACACAAAUAAGUGUAUAGCGAUCCUAUACAUAAUUGAAUGGAUAAGUAACUUUGUAAUGCAAUGAAAAGCACGCGUGUGACUAUAUAUAUACAUAUAUAUAGCACCGUUUAUAAUUAUUCUUCCCUCUUUGUACAACAAUCUGUUUGUUAUACAGGACGCUAUCGCAAAAAAAAAAAAAACCCAGUUGUACAAAUCUUCAACAAAAAA